GUUAACUUUGUAAUCUGUUUCACAAAAUAAUGGCUUCCAAAACUUUAAACGAUUACAAGUCUAACGUAAAUACAAAGCUUCAUGGUAUAUUAUUUUCCUAAGUUCUGUAAAUUUAAACGAUUAAGACAAUUAAAUGUUGCAAGUUGUGGUUUACAAAAUGAAGGUAAAUUUAUAUUAACAAAUGCUUAAAAGAACAAUUAUGUUUACCAGACAUAACUAAUAGGAGACCAAGCCAUAGGGGAUUAAAUGUUGAAUUAAAAAGAUGGAUAUUCAUCCAGAACUUGUUGAGCCCCUGUCACCUAGAAUAUCUUACAAUAACAGCAGUAGUUACUGGAAAAGUGAGGAUAGUGGCUAUCAUACAUCUUUUACCCCUGGCUCACUAGAAUGCUCCGAAGUAUCGAACGAUAGUAUCAACUCCACUUUUAUUAAAGGACGGAUAUGCUUCAGAAGUCCUUAUCAGGUAGACUAUUUCAAUAUAUCUCCCGAUGACCUUGUAUCACAUGCCAACAUUUCAGCUUGUAUAAGAAAUAAUGAUUCUUUUAAAGAUUCUCCUAAAGGUCGAAGAGGCAUUAAGAGGCCGUUUCCUGAUGAGUUAGAGAACAUUGAUAUCCCAUAUAAUUCCAUACCUACUCCAACAACCUUAAUAGCUGGUGGCUUGAGAAAACUAAAAUUCAAUGAUACUAAACCAAAAGCAUCUAAGAGCUUAGGUCACACAGAUGAUAUACAUGAAUUUUACAACCUUCAUGAAAAAGUUCAUACUUUUCCAUCCACUCCAAUAAAGAAAACUUGUAGAACAAAUUGUCACUUAAACAGUCCAACAAGCUUGAAGAGACCAGCAAAGAAGUUAAACUUUGCUAUCCAUUCACUCUCAUGUGAAGCCAAAGGAUUGCAACCUGUGACUAAAGUCACUAAGUCAAAGGCAGUGAAAUCUAUUCAAUUUAGACCUGAACAGAAAAUUGAUAUUAUUAAAAUGUUGUAUGAGAAGGUGAAUAUGAGACCUCCAUUAAUGAAGAUAUUUAGUUACUUAUCUAAUGAGGACAUUUUUAAUUUUACCUUAGUUAGCCCAUUGUGGCUAACAGUCUGGGAAAAUAUAAGUAAAACAAGUAAACUGUUGGAGUACAGAACAUUUCUCAAAAAUGUAGAGGAGAAUGUAGAAAACAGAGAUGUUGCACCAAAAAUUCUUGGAUCACACCAGAAAAAGCCACUUUCAGAAACAAAUAAUAUUAUAGUUUCAAAAACUCGACCAGUUAGUCCACCAGAUACACCAAGGACUAUUAAGUUCAAGAGAUUUACAAAGGCUGCAUCACUGGAUCUACGAAAACAACUGUCUUGUGUGAGAUGCCAUCAACCUGCCAAGGUAACGGAAGAAAGCUCUGGAGAAGAAUGGGUGGAAUGUACAAGUGUAACUUGUUCUUACCAGUAUUGUAAGUUCUGUAAAUGUGACAGACAUCCAGGUAAGAAAUGCUUUAAAUAUGAUUUGGAUGGCCCCAGCCCUUCUAAACGGAAGAAAAAUACUUAUGCUAUCGGAACCAAGAAGAGCCGAAAAAAUCUGAGGCGGCUGUUGUGACUUAAGUAUAAAUAUGAAGUAUCCCAGUGAUUUGUUAUUAUCAUUGCAUUCCAUGUCCAAAGAUUGUUGAUUUACAAAAUCAUUUUUAAGAGAUUAGGGUUUUUUUUUGAAGUACAUAGAGUUAUCUAGGGUCUGAUUUAGUGCCAUUUUUAUUGAAUUAGGAUAUAACGGCAUUUUAUUUACCUCAUAAUUUACUUUAAUGUUUUAAAAUGGCUGCAUUUGAAUGGUCUAUGUAGGAUACCAUGACGGUUUUGUUUUAUUGUAAUUUUUGGGACCAACAUCUAAGAUAGCAAGUAAAGCAAAUGAUACAUUUGUGCUUUACAAAAGAAUACAUUUUACUAGUUUUAAAAUUUGAAGUUAAUUUAAUGACAGACUGAUAGAUUUGCCAUAAAUGGUUAGUUUUAAGUUUUGUAAAUAAAUUAGUAUUAGGAUUUUUAUGGUUAUUCCAAUUAGCAAUAUGUUUUGUUUGUCUCAAAAGCAUUUAAGACUAGUUCAAACCACUAGCUGACAAUGUACAAGUGUUCCUGUGAUAUUCCAUCAACUAUUUUAACAUAUUAAAAUAUUUAAAAUUCUCAACACAUUAAAACUAGUAAACUGGUAAUAUAAUUAUUACCAACUAAGGCAAAAUAUAAAAUAAAAUUGCUUAAAAUUCCUCAAUGUUUUAGUAACUCACCAUUUUUAAUACGACCUGAAGAUAGAAGAAAUUUUGUUUUAUAGUUGCCUUGAUACAGUCAGACCUAAAUACCCUGAGACUGUUUUCGCCAUUUUAGUUAUGUAGCAUACUCAUUAGAAUAAGUUUUUAAUUUGCUUCAAUUGGUUUAAAAACAUCACUCCUUUACUUUAAAAUGUGAUUUUUUUUAUGUGGAGGUGUUCUAUGUUACAACUUAGUUAAGACAAUUUACUAUUACGUCUUGAUAGAUUGAAUUACUUAUGAUUUCCAUGACAUUAUAUUAAUAAAUGCAGAUACAUUAUUCGCUACGUUUCCCGUAGCCAUUGUAAUUUUUACAACAAAAAGCCUUUUUAAUUUUAUUAACAUUCUUAUAAAAUACUCUUUUCUAGUCUUAUCAAUUUAAAAUAGCCAUAACUUAUAUUCUGUAUUAAACAUAAUACACCUAAUCACAUCAAAUAAUUAGUCAUUUUAAUUGGACAUCACACACAAUUUUUAAAAUACUCAAUGACACAAUUAUUAGCAUACAUUCUUAGUUAGAAUUUGGUGCACAGUGCAUUUAAAUACGUUAAACUAUAAUUAUUAUUUCGAAAAUAUUUGUAUAAUUGAAUUGGUGUCGCCGGUUCUACAGUUUACCGUUAAGAGGUCCCUUUCUUGCUCGAAAUUAAACGCGUACGAAGUAAGACGCUAACGGUUUUUUAGUAUUUAAUUUCUCAUGUUAUAAUUAAAUGCCUGUAAACUUAUUAAUAUCCCAUUGUGUAAAGUUUUUUUAUGAACAUUUGGGAGGAAUCUUGAUUAUAGCGAUCUUCAGAGAAAGAUAAAAAUUAUUUCGGAUUAGAUUUAAUCGUAUCAGAACAAUAAUUUUCUUUGUCUGAAAGUUUUAAAUAUUUAUCCAACCGUCAUUGAAUAUUGAAUUCUUUUUGAUCUAAUUAAGCGAUCUGAGAAACAGGUUUUGGAGGCCUUACGAAACUUUAUAUAUAUACCUACAUAACACCUGCACAAUUGAUAGUCAUAGUCUUUAAUUUUGAAGUAUUUGUAAUGGUAAUGUAAUAUAAUAUAUCCUAGUUAGUCAAUUGUGCUAAUCGUAAUCCCAGUGUUAAUAGUAAUACCACUAGGGUUAAACAGUUGAGAGGUUUUUGUUCAUGUAUUCGGUUUUAAUACAAAUAUUUAAUUAUCAAUCGCUUUAAAAUAUACGAGAUUUACCUACUAGUUACACAACAUUAAUUUAUAUCUAGCAGCCAUAUUUUAUUUGAUUGGUGAUGAAUAUUUGACACUCGAAAAGGCCUAGACCUAGUAGAACCUCACCUUGACUCGAUAGCAUACCCAGGCUCAGCUAUAGAAAUGUAAUUUUUUACCACAGAAAGAAUUAUUUAUUACCAAUUGUGCAAGAAGCUUCACUUAUGUACAUUAUGUUGAAUUUUG